CUCUUGAGAUGGUAUGCUCCGGCGCCGGGGCAUGUGCCAGAGCAGUUUGGUAAAGUUGAUUUUCCCAAACGAGAGCACCCAUCAUGGCCGCGGUGUGUACUGCCUCCCGUGUCCUCACCAAAAAGGUCCUGUCAGCUAAGGCGGUAAGUAUUUGGAGAUAAACUGUUGCUAUAGAAUAUCACUAUGAACUACUUUAUCUUUUGUCUUUAGGAAUGUGUCCAUAUGAGCUGGUAUUCGCAGAGAAUUUAACUUUAACCCACCCUGUUUUGUAACAUCAGCUGGUCAAUAUCUCACCAUUGACGGGGUUUCGUAGCUAGCUACCUAACUAUCAUUUGCUAUGCAAUACUGGGAGCUAGCUUAAUGGUUUUUUAAUAUCCAUGGCAAUUCGAUUCUGACGAAUAGCUUGAUAAAUAUACUUUUUAUUGCUCGUGUAUGACGAUUGAAUUAAACCUGGCAGUAGCCAUAAACAUCAGUGCAUUACAUCAGUGCAUUGAAGGUCAAGCAAGGCAAGUUAGCUAAGAAGCUGUUAACAAUGUGGCUAACCAAGCAGUAGGCUAUUUUCCAGUGUUGGCUGUCAGUCAUUGAUUUUAUGUUUGAUGACAAAUAAUGUCUCUCGGCUACCUUUCUUUUGAAUGCAUGCUGUGUUUCAAGAGGGGAUAUUGAAACUAUGGCAAAGUGGUAACUUUGCUAUCUAACGUUAGCAACUUAACUAGAGUUGGCCAGCUCUUAAUUUUAAUAGUGUGUAACUGCAGCCCUCAAUUUGGGGCUUUCCUGCAAUUUGGGGCGUUCCCCUCCCGAGCGUCCCAUUGGUUCCUGCAUGCUAAGCUAGCACACAGUGUCUUUCGUUCCCGUCUGCCGAACACCUUCCCUCGCCAUCGUUAACAGAACUGCGGGAAAACAGUGCCCGACAGGCAGGGGCGAAAGACACUCUACCGGUGUGUGCUAGCUGUAGCCCCCGCUUCUUCUUCUGUGUGGUUUAUCGGUAGUUGGCAUCCAACGUUAUGGUGCAUUACCGUCAUCGACUGUACUGGAGCGCCCCUGUCUCCCACCUAUGUACUGGAGUCAUAGUUUAAAAAUUGACCAAUAGAAGUAUAAAGAUGGGUUUAGGCAGAUGCUGAAAUGCCCACAUGCAGGAACGCCCUGAAUUGCGGGCUGCAGUUGCACCCUUCUCCUGAAUUUGGGACUGGGUGUGUUUUGAGGAUGUUUGCUGAGGAAUAAGCAAGGAAGUUAUUUGUUUAGAUUGGAGGACGUGAGAUAAUAUAUGAUCCCAGAGAGCAUUUACCGAUCUAUAUGAUUUUAAAUCAAUAUUUUUGUCGCAUUAUGUAAAUAAGUCUGAAAACACUUCAUACACCCACACGUGUAUCGCUCGCCUCAGAAAUAUUGGUUGGGAUGCUGCUAAGAAGCACUAUUAUGCAUGUUGUGAAAUGAUUUUUUAACACAAUUAGGCUACAUGUUGCUGCAGCAGUCUCACCUUAAUUAUGUAACCAUCAGCUGGCUGUGUUUUCGCUGCAUUUGAAAACAUUGAGCAAACUACACUAAUGUUAGAGGCCCAUAGACAAGGCAUAAAUUGACUUGACAUUUUGUGGAUAAGUCUAGUUCUUGCAAUUGAGUACUUUCAUCAAUAGCCACACACAGCCUGUGAUAUAGGCCUAUAUUUACCUUUCUUUUUCUAUUUAGAUUCCGGCAGUAUCCCAGAGCUCCAGGAAGCUCCACUUCUCCAUCUACGGGAAGAACAAGGCUAAAGUGUCAGAUGGCGUAAGUCUGCAUACUCCAUGUUCAUCAUUGACAUUACUGUAUGAAUGGAUUCAAUAUGUUUGCACAAAAUAUAUUUUAUUUUAGAUUUAAUUUGUCUCUAUGCUUAUCGAGACAAUUUGUAUUAUACAACUCUAGGUAGAGAAAAUACUAAAAUGUUAAUGUUUUGUGCUUUUGUUUUUGCUGGUCCCUACAGAUCACCACACAGUACCCCGUCGUAGACCAUGAGUUUGAUGCGGUGGUUGUGGGUGCCGGCGGGGCAGGACUGCGUGCUGCUUUUGGCCUGUCUGAGGCUGGCUUCAACACAGCUUGUGUCACAAAGCUGUUCCCCACCAGGUCGCACACGGUGGCUGCACAGGUAUAACAAGUUAUAUAUUCUACAAUAUUCAAUGGGAAAUGACCAUGUAAAAGCAGGAAAUAUCCCAGAUUGUGUUGCAUGAUAACAAGUCUCCUUCACUCUGUUUGCAUUAUACACAGAAGGAAGCAAUGCCAUGUAAAGUCACAAUGAAUUAACAAUUUCCCACUGCGGUGGCAUUAUCAGCCACCUUAAUGUUUUACACUUGUAUUAGGCCUACCUCCAUGCAAUAUCUACAAAAAAACGUCCAAAGUUCAUGAUUUAAGAUUGAUCUUUCUUCAAGUGGUCCUGAACAGUUGUUUUUGCAUUUAGGGUGGGAUCAAUGCAGCCCUUGGAAACAUGGAGGGAGAUGAUUGGAGGUGGCAUUUCUAUGACACGGUGAAGGGAUCUGAUUGGCUGGGAGACCAGGACGCCAUCCAUUACAUGACAGAGCAGGCCCCACAUGCCGUGGUGGAGGUGAAACACGCACACACAACUUUUUAGAUAUGUCAAAGAAAACACAAUGGUAAAGCGGGACAUUCACUAAAAUGGUAAAGCAGGACACUCAAUAACUUAAAUUAAACUAUGCCUCUGACGGUUCUUUGUUAAAAAACUAAUGUAUGGAAAGGUAACCAGCCUCUUGAAAGGGAGUUGGUGGAAGGGGCCAGUAGGGGAAUGUGGCAUGCAUGGGGCAGCAGGUAGCCUAGUGGUUAAGAGCAUUGGGCCAGUAACCGAAGGUUUGCUGGUUUGAAUCCCUGAGCCGACUAGGUGAAAAAUGUGUAAGUGCCCUUGAGCAAGGUACUUCACCCUAAUUGCUCCUGUAAGUCGCUCUGGACAAGAGCAUCUGCUAAAUUAGAAAAAUGUAAAAAUGCAUGCUAACAGUGGUGGUGUAAGCAAAGGUCCCAUGCUAAAAGGUGCAAUAUGCAGAAAUUGCUCCGCCAUUUCCUGGUUGCAAAAAUUCUAAUAGUUGGCCUUUUAGUUUGGUAAAAAUCAUCGUACCAUCUAAACCGCUGUGAAAUAUAUUUUCAAUAACCAAAGAUAUAGUAUUUUCAGUUGUUCGAAGCUGGUGUAGAAAACCGGACGUAUAAGACGCAAAAAGGAAAGUUAAGAACGGGAAGCAUAGACAAAGCAUACAUAGAACAGAUCUACCGCUUCUUAGACUUGCUUUCAAUGAGAAUGACAGGCCUAUAACUCCCAUUUCUAUGUGAAUUUGGUCGUGUUGCCCAAAAAAUGACAUAUUGCAGCUUUAAAAGAGCUGCAGCAGAACUCAAGGGCCCCUCAGACUUGGCAUAUUAAUUAAAUCAAAUCAAAUUUUAUUUGCCACAUGCGGCGAAUACAACAGGUGUAGGUAGACCUUACAGUGAAAUGCUUACUUGCAAGCCCUUAACCAACAAUGCAGUUUUAAGAAAUAAAACGGUGAAGUUAAAAAUAAAAAAUAAUUAAAGAGCAGCAGUAAAAUAACAGUAGGGAGGCUAUAUACAGAGGGUACCGGUACAGAGUCAAUGUGUCCUGUCCUUUUUCAGCCCUUCUGAUGUACCAAAACAAGUGAAAAUGCCCUUUCAAUGCCCUUAAUCUUCUCUGCAAUGUUGUGUAGCUGCCUUUACGUACACUACCGGUCAAAAGUUUUAGAACACCUACUCAUUCAAGGGUUUUUCUUUAUUUUUAAUAUUUUCUACAUUGUAGAAUAAUAGUGAAGACACAAAACUAUGAAAUAAUACAUAUGGAAUCAUGUAGUAACCAAAUAAGUGUUAAACAAAUCAAAAUAUAUUUUAUAUUUGAGAUUCUUCAAAUAGCGACCCUUUGCCUUGAUGACAGCUUUGCACACUCUUGGCAUUCUCUCAACCAGCUUCAUGAGGUAGUCACCUGGAAUGCUUUUUAAUUAACAGGUGUGCCUUGUUAAAAGUUAAUUUCUGGAAUUUCUUGCCUUCUUAAUGUGUUUGAGCCAAUCAGUUGUGUUGUGACAAGGUAGGGAGGUAUACAGAAGAUAGCCCUGUUUGGUAAAAUACCAAGUCCAUAUUAUGGCAAGAACAGCUGAAAUAAGCAAAGAGAAACGACAGUCCAUCAUUACUUUAAGGACAUGAAGGUCAGUCAAUACGGAAAAUGUCAAGAACUUUGAAAGUUUCUUCAAGCGCAGUCGCAAAAACCAUCAAGAGCUAUGAUGAAACUGGCUCUCAUGAGGACCGCCACAGGAAUGGAAGGCCCAGAGUUACCUCUGCUGCAGAGGAUAAGUUCAUUAGAGUUACAGCCUCAGAAAUUGCAGCCCAAAUAUAUGAUUCACAGAGUUCAAGUAACAGACACAUCUCAACAUCAACUGUUCAGAGGAGACUGCGUGAAUCAGGCCUUCAUGGUCAAAUUGCUGCAAAGAAACCACUACUAAAGGACACCAAUAAUAAGAAGAGACUUGCUUGGGCCAAGAAACACGAGCAAUGGACAUUAGACCGGUGGGAAUUUGUCCAAAUUUGAGAUUUUUGGUUCCAACCGCGUGCCUUUGUGAGACGCGGUGUGGGUGAACAGAUGAUCUCCAUGUGUAUUUCCCACCGUAAAGCAUGGAGGAGGUGGUGUUAUGGUGUGGGGGUGCUUUGCUGGUGACACUGUCUGUGAUUUAUUUAGAAUUAAAGGCACACUUAACCAGCAUGGCUACCACAGCAUUCUGCAGCGAUACGCCAUCCCAUCUGGUUUGGGCUUAGUGGGACUAUCAUUUGUUUUUCAACAGGACAAUGACCUAAAACACCUCCAGGCUGUGUAAGGGCUAUUUGAACAAGAAGGAGAGUGAUGGAGUGCUGCAUCAGAUGACCUGGCCUCCACAAUCACCCGACCUCAACCAAAUUGAGAUGGUUUGGGAUGAGUUGGACUGCAGAGUGAAGGAAAAGCAGCCAACAAGUGCUCAGCAUAUGUGGGAACUCCUUCAAGACUGUUGGAAAAGCAUUCCAGGUGAAGCUGGUUGAGAGAAUGCCAAGAGUGUGCAAAGCUGUCAUCAAGGCAAAGGGUGGCUAUUUGAAGAAUCUCAAAUAUAAAAUAUAUUUCUUUAACACUUUUUUGGUUACUACAUGAUUCCAUGUGUUAUUUCAUAGUUUUGAUGUCUUCACUAUAAUUCUGCAAUGUAGAAAAUAGUAAAAAGAAAGAAAGAACACCUACUCAUUCAAGGGUUUAAAACUUUUGACCGGUAGUGUAGACUUAAACAAUUUGAUUUAAUACAUUCUGUGUAAUUAAAUAAUUAGCUAAAGUGCAAGCGUAUUAGUGUAAUUAUAUAGCCUAUAAUUAUUUUGGGAUUAAGUUGAACCCCCUUCCCCAAUCACAAAGGAUUGGCACAACAUCAAAACAAACACUGAUAGGCUGAUAAAAUGAAAACAAUAAUGUAUUAUUUCUUGGCUAACUUACUUUUUCUAGCUUCCUGUUGUGAAAAUAACUGAAAGCUGGUGUGCCAGUGAUUUAACAGCUCUUCUUGAUGUCCCCAGCUGGAGAACUUUGGCAUGCCCUUCAGCCGUACCGAGGAUGGCAAGAUCUACCAGAGGGCUUUUGGUGGCCAGAGUCUGAAGUUUGGCAAGGGAGGCCAGGCCCACAGGUGCUGCUGCGUAGCUGACAGAACCGGCCACUCCCUCCUGCACACACUCUACGGACGGGUACGUCACAAUGUCUUGACUCAAAAUCCCAUAAUCCACCACUUGCAGUCAAGCUAAAUUUCCAUACCUUUUCUCUGCUGUUCCUCUGAAUCCCAUUUUACUGACAAACUCUGCUUUUUGAAUCUCAAAUUUUGUCCUGUUUUUGCUGGAUUCAGUCAUCUAUCACUCUUCUACACUUCUCACUUAUUUAGUCUCUGAGGUACGACACCAGCUACUUUGUGGAGUACUUUGCCCUGGACCUGCUGAUGGAGGAAGGAGAGUGCAAAGGAGUGAUUGCUCUGUGUAUGGAGGAUGGAUCCAUCCACCGCUUCAGGUCCAAGAACACAGUCAUCGCCACAGGGUAUGUAUCUGGCUCUGUAGUAGAUGUUUCUGUAGUGAAUAAGUAUACAGUUAGAAUGCUUGUUCCAAGUAAUCUGGGAGGUUUGUCUUACCAGUUAUACCAAGUUGUAAUGUUAACUUUUUAACAUCCUCACCCUGAACAGAAGGUGCCUCCUUGAUGACGAUGUAAAGUGCUCCUAUUUUGCCCCGAGUCUUACUCCUGCCUCUGCUCAAUCUGCAGUGGUUACGGCCGUACCUACUUCAGCUGCACGUCAGCCCACACCAGCACAGGAGACGGUAAUGCCAUGGUGACCCGUGCAGGCCUGCCCUGCCAAGACCUGGAGUUUGUCCAGUUCCACCCCACAGGUCAGUGUCUCAUAUCGGAUUGGCAAUAGAGGCCUGUCUGCUAGGGAGUGAACUUAAGAACAUUAAAUAAAAUUUUAUUUGAGAAGAUUUGAUAAACACUCAGAAUAGACCUAUCCAUUAGAAGUGUAAUCUUGAGGGGCCUCCCGAGUGGCGCAGCUGUCUUAAGGCAUUGCAUCGCAGUGCUUGAGGCGUCACUACAGACCGGGGUUCGAGCUCAGGCUGUGUCACAACCGGCCGUGAUAGGGCGGCGCACAAUUGGCCCAGCGUCAUCCGGGUUAGGGGGGGUUUGGCCAGGGGGGCUUUACUUGGCUCAUGCUCUAGCAACUCCUUGUGGCGGGCCGGACGCCUGCAGGCUGACUUCGAUCGUCAGUUCAACAGUGUUUCCUCCGACACAUUGGUGCAGCUGGCUUCCGGGUUAAGCGGGCAGGUGUUAAGAAGCGCUGUUUGGCGGGUCAUGUUUUGGAGGACGCAUGACUAGACCUUCGCCUCUCCCGAGCCCGUUGGGGAGUUGCAACAAUGAGACAAGAUCGCAAUUGGAUAUCACGAAAUUGGGGAGAAAAAGGGGGUAAAAUACAAAAAAAAUUAUAGAAGUGUAAUCUUGAAAGUGUUUCUGUCCUUAGUCGGAAGGUAACUGCUGAAUAAUCAUGUGCGUUUCAUGACAUGCCAGUAUCGUUGGUGUUUGAUAAUUCAAUCACAUGGUCAUAGAAGUCCGAGGGCUGGCAGACACGUCUGUUUACAUACUGUGGAUACAUAAUCAUACUAUAAAUAUAAUUGGGGGUUAAAUGAAGUCCUUCGGUGCCCUCCCUCAGUGCUGGUUUCCUAUGACGUAACGUAAUCCCUCUAGGUAUCUAUGGAGCCGGCUGUCUGAUCACAGAGGGGUGCCGUGGUGAGGGAGGAAUCCUCAUCAACAGUGAGGGCGAGCGCUUCAUGGAACGGUACGCCCCCAACGCCAAGGACCUGGCCUCCAGAGACGUUGUGUCCCGCUCCAUUACCAUCGAGAUCCGAGAGGGCAGGUAAGAUCACCGCCAAGGCCCUGCCGUCCCUGAGCACCCACAGAAGUAUUGUACUGAUGCUGGAUAACUGAUGUAUAUGUGUGACUGCAUGCUCUAUGGAUGUCAGACCAGUGAUUGAUAUCGGCAUGCACAGUUUCAAAAGAAGGUGUAAAAUGGCUUAAAAUAGAUGGUCAAUCUAGAAUCCAUCUAUUCAUGCUUUGGUGAACAAAAAUCGACCUCAAGAAUUGCAGUUGAAUUUGAAUAAUUUUACAUUUGUCAUUUAGCAGAUGCUUUUAUCCAGAGCAAUUUACAGGAGCAAUUAGGGUUAAGUGCCUUUCUCAGGGGCACAUCGACAGAUUUUUCACCUAGUCUGUUCGGUGAUUCGAACCAGCAACCUUUCGGUUACUGGCCCAACACUCUUAACCGCUUGGGGCUACCUGCUGAAUGACAGGAAAUGGAAUUCACAUGGAAUCUACCCACAAAUUUCAAUGGAAAUGUGCCCACCUUGCUAUGAGUUUCAGGUGAAAGACAACUGUCACGCUAACGGACCUUUAUCUGUGUGUUCCUAGGGGAUGUGGCCCAGAGAAGGACCAUGCGUACCUGCAGCUGCACCAUCUCCCUCCACAGCAGCUGGCCACCCGCCUGCCAGGCAUCUCCGAGACUGCCAUGAUCUUCGCUGGUGUGGACGUCACCAAAGAGCCCAUCCCCGUCCUGCCCACUGUCCACUACAACAUGGGAGGAAUCCCUACCAACUACAAGGGACAGGUAAAUAGGAGCACCCAUUGAAAAGAAGUGCAAUACAUUUGCAUGUUUUCUAACUAAAAGUCCUUUGAAAUGACCCUAAUAUAAGUAAGCAGAUCUAAUGAGAGACAUAUGUAGUGAGUCUUAAAACUGGACCUCCCUUGGGUUUAAUGUAAUCAAACAAUCUAAUAUCUUAUCAUAUAAUAUAUGUAUUGUCAGCCUUGAUGUAAUGUCUGCUGUAGUGCAGAUCAUUUUAUAAUGAUUUACUGUCCUGUUCUCCACAGGUCAUCACCUACACGCCCGAGGAGGGUGACAAGGUGGUGCCAGGGCUGUUUGCCUGUGGCGAGGCUGCCUGUGCCAGUGUCCAUGGUGCCAACCGCCUGGGAGCCAACUCCCUGCUGGAUCUGGUGGUGUUUGGACGUGCCUGCGCCCACACCAUCACUGACAUCUGCAAUCCAGGUAACAACUCUCUUCUUUAACCCUUACCUGUAUGUCAAGACAAAAGCACAUUGUCCCACAGCUUUUUAAUGUAAUGGCCAGGCCAAGGCUCCCUUGGAAAAAUAGUUAGACAAUCCUGGCAAUGUGAUGUUUCUGCAGGAGAGAAGCUCUCCCCCCUGAAGCCCAACGCAGGAGAGGAGUCUGUGGCCAACCUGGACAAGUUGAGGUUUGCUGACGGCAGCAUGAGGACGUCCGAGAUCAGACUGAACAUGCAGAAGGUAUGGAUUUAAAAAAUCAAAAUAUUUUUUUGGGGGGAAUGGAACUGAUGUGCAGCACAUCCUUAUUAGGAAUGUACUUUGGAUGGUCAUCAAAUCUACUGGUAAUGAGCGUUAAAUACUUGUACAGUACCAUCACUUCUUCUCUAAACCUGUGUUCCUCUCUCCGUUGUCAGACCAUGCAGAACCACGCCGCUGUGUUCCGUACUGGCAAGGUCCUGAAGGAGGGGUGUGACAAGAUGGACGCCGUCUACCAGACCCUGGACGACAUCAAGACCUUUGACAGAGGUCAGCAUCUCAUUCCCUCUGCUGAUGUGAUAUGAAUAGUCUUUCAAUUGCCCCUUCUCGCAAGGGCAGAAGAUCUUUGUUGUCCCAUUGUUGGGCUUGAUUGCAGCAGUGAUGAUGUUCUGAAGCAAUGUUAAAGUUCCAUCGUUCCCUCUGUCUCCUCCCCUUAGGUAUUGUGUGGAACACUGACCUGGUGGAGACCCUGGAGCUGCAGAACCUCAUGCUGAAUGCUGUGCAGACCAUCAACUCCGCCGAGCAGCGCCAGGAGAGCAGGGGAGCCCACUCCAGAGAGGACUUCAAGGUAAGAACUGAAGACACAGAAACCACUCCUAUACUAGCCUGGCCUGCAAUGAGAAUUUGUUGUCUGGGAAAGCGAUAUUACUCGUAUGCAUACGGUUCCAUUUUGUUUCAUAGUAGGGGUCUCGAUGUGGACAUGUUUUUUUGGAGCUGAAAGUAAUGCAUAUUGACAGACACUGCUUUUGUGUACACACAAACAUCCACCAUAAACUAUAGGAGCUCUCUCCAGCAGUAGUUGGACCAGUCUGUAGACUGUGUCAUUCUGAAAGAUUCCUAUGUAAUAUUGCAGGACCGUAUGGAUGAGCUUGACUACGCCAAGCCUCUGGCGGGACAAGUGAGGAAACCCAUUGAAGAGCACUGGAGGAAACACACUAUGUCCACUGUGGAUCCUAAGACGGGAAAAGUAAGUACGCUCACAAAACCGGUCAAUGCCUAAUGAUUGUUUUAACUUCAGAGUUUCUUAAUUUAUUUUUCUAAAUAUAAAUGACAGGAUUAAUUGUAACAUACUUUCAUUCUUACAACACAAUAAUAGCAGAGUCUAUGUGCUUGCCAAUGUUCAUUUGCUAUCACUCACCCAUUUCUCCCUUUUUGUGCUUGUGUUAUAGGUAACUCUGAAAUACAGACCAGUUAUUGAUAACUCUCUGGAUGCAGAGGACUGUGCUGCUAUCCCUCCCGCCAUCCGUUCCUAUUAAGCACAUAACUAUCCGAUGCUGAUUUAACUAUUUUAUUUAUUAUCAGAAUUUAUGCUUUUGCAGUUAUCCUUUAUAAAGUUUCAACAGGACUCCCAUAUUGCUAAUAAUAAAUACUGUAUGUGGAAUAUUUGAUAUGUUCGAUAAUAAACCUUACUGUAAACUGAAGUAAAUUGAGUGUUUUGUGUGUACUUUAAACUUCCACCACAUUUGCUAUAGUUCUUACGGGCAAAUAAAUACAUAUUUCAUAUUUAGAUAUUGAAUGAUUUGUAGAAAUCUUUUUUUUUAAAGAAAACAAUUA